CAUCGUUGCGCACGAAUUGCCCGAUGUAAUGUUUUCUUGUCGCGAAGGAGAAACAAAAAAAGAAGAAUUGGCCCUUUUUAAACAAUGGAAGCGUCGGAAUUAAAGGACUUUCCGUGCCCCAUCAAGAUGGAGCCCGACGUUCUCAUUGACCACUACUACACGCCACACGUGCAAAGUGAUAUUAAACCGCAGACGCACUGUUUUUACCCCGGAAUCUCGCACACAUUUCUGCCGGAGUCCAUGAAGACUCCCGUGCCGUCAAGCACACCCGAUCGGAAUCUGCCCACCUUUUUGCCCGUGUACCCACAAUCGGUGACAAUACAGGACAUCCCGGAAGCGUACAAGUUCAUCCCAAGCUCCUCUCGAUCACCCUCCACGUCCUCCACCAUGUCUCCGCCGGCUGCACCGCCCAAGGAGAAACCCUACCAGUGCAAGGCGUGCGCCAAAAAGUUCUCCUCCCCGGAAUACCUGAAAGUCCACUUCCGGAUCCACUCUGGUGAGAAACCGUAUCAGUGCAAAUAUCCAGACUGCCAGAAGAGAUUUACACAGCAGUCAGGACUCAACUCCCACCUAAGGACACACUCAGGAGAAAAGCCCUUCUUAUGUACACUGUGUGACAAGCGCUUCUCGCAGAAGAUCAACAUGCAGUUGCACCUCCGGAAGCACUCUGGAAUUAAGCCAUUUCAGUGUCAUGUCUGCCAGAAGGCUUUCUACUCACCCGAGUGUCUCAAGAUACACUACCGCACGCACACCGGCGAGAAGCCAUAUGAGUGCAAGCAUCCUAAUUGCCAGAAGAGAUUCACGCAGCAGUCAGGCCUGAUCUCGCACCAGCGCACCCACUCUGGUGAGAAGCCCUUCCUCUGUGAGCUGUGCGACAAGCGCUUCUCGCAGAAGAUCAACCUGCAGAUCCAUCUGCGAAAGCAUUCGGGCAUCAAACCGUUUCAGUGCCAAUACUGCCAGAAGGCCUUCUACUCACCUGAGUGUCUCAAGAUUCACGUGCGAAUCCACACGGGAGAGCGGCCCUUCCAGUGUGCAAUAUGUGAGAAGCGAUUCAUUCAGCAAUCCAGUCUUAACAGCCACAUCCGGAAGCAUGCUGGCGAUGACUUGUGAGAGCCCCCGUCAAGACGAGGAUCAGAAUUGAUAUACACUGUAUCAUUUAUCCCUGAUUUCCCAUCAGCCAUUGAAUUUAUAGUCUCUCCCAGAGGCAAAUCCCUCUCCCUUUCGUCAUAAUUUCUUUGAAAUAUUUUCCCCUUUACG